AUGAUGAUUAAUAAUUUAUUAAUAAAAAAUAAUAAAAUUAAUCUAAGAAGAAUAGAAAAUGAAAUAAAAAGGGGUUUUAGUAAUACUAAUAGUAGAGAUAAUAAUAAUAAUAAUAAUAAUAAUAAUAAUAAUAAUAAAUAUUGGAAAAGAUUAUUAUUUACAGAUUUACAUGUAUCAUCAAAAUCAUUAGAUAGAACUAUUGACGUUUUAAAAAAAGUUAGAGAAUUAAGUUGUUUAGAAUCAAUUAAUAAUAAUAAUAAUGGUAAUAUUGAUAGUAAUAUUGGACCAACACCAGUUAUAUUUUUAGGUGAUUUUUGGCAUCAACGUAAUAUACUUCAUGUUAGACAUAUUGAUCAAUUAUUAAAAGAAUUUGAACAAUGGAAGAGAUGUAAUAUUGAAACCAUAUUCAUACCAGGUAAUCAUGAUCAAGUUUCUAUUGAUGGUAGUGUACAUGCUAUUCAAAUGUUUUCCCUAUUUCCAAAUUUUAAAGUUGCAACUGAUCCAAUCAUUGAUUAUGAUAAUGGUUUUGCAUAUUUACCAUGGAGAGAACAAAAAGAAGAACAAAAACAAUUAUUUACAAAUUUAUCAACUAUUAAACCAAAUAUUGAUUCAUCAAUUCAUAAUAAAUGGACUGUUUUUGCACAUGCCGAAAUUAAAGGUGCGAUUUCAAAUGGUGGUUAUAAAUCACAUGGUAAAUUUCAAAUUGAAGAUUUAAUAAUUGAAAAUAAUAAUGAAAAUAAUAAUAAUAGUAGUAGUAGUAAUAAUAUUAGAUCAUGUUAUUUAGGACAUUAUCAUAAACGUCAACAAAUUUCAAAUAAUUUUUGGUAUAUUGGCAGUCCAUAUGAACAAAAUUUUGGAGAGAUGAAUGAUCCACAUGGCGUUGCAUUUGUUGAUUCAAAUGAAAUUAAACCAAGAUUUAUUGAUUUCAAUGAUUUACCACGUCAUCAUAAAUUAUAUUUUCCAUUUGAGUCAAGUAAAACUUCAUUAGUUAAAUCAAAAGAUAUUGUUGAAGUUCAAUCAACUUUAGAUAAUAUGAAAUCAAAAGAUUAUAUUGAUUCAAUUAAUUCUUUACCACCAUUCAUUGAUUUAAGAAGAGUUAUGAUCAAUGAAAAUUCAAUAAAAAAACAACUUUUUAAAACAAAUGAAAAUUUAAAUGAUAAUAAAAUAACAACAACAACGACAAUAACACCAAUUAAAUUUAAAUUGGAAGAUUUUUUAGAAAAUUAUAUUGAUCAACAAAUUGAAAGAAAUUUUUUAGUUGAAGAAAAUGAAUCGAAAAAGAAAUUAUUAUAUUUAGGUAAAGAGAUAUUAUCAAUGGUGAAUGAGCCAACCAUUGUACCUAUGGGUAGAAAAGUUAAAAUUCAAAAGAUUACAAUUAAAGAUUUUUGUGGAUUAGGUGGUGAAUUAGAAUUAAAUUUAUCAAUGGAUGUUGAUCAACAAGAGAUGAUAAAUAGAAUGAUUAUGAUUAGAGGUGAAAUGGGGUCUGGUAAAUCAACAAUAUUCGAAGCAUUGGUGUGGUGUUUAUAUGGUAAUACUUCUCCAAAGAAACAGUCAACUUCAAGUUCAAGUAUUAAAGGUGAUGAGGUUAUAAAUGAUCAAUCUAAACAGGCAUCUGUUAAAGUUGAAUUAUUAAUUGAUGAUUGUAAAUCUAUUGAAAUCGUGAGAUCCAAAACUAGGAAAUCCGGUUCAAAAAUUGUUAUCAAUGGUUUAGAUGAGGAUAAUGAUAAUUUUAAACAGGGUGUUUUAGAUCAACAGUCAUUGAUUAACAAUAUAAUCGGUUUAGAUUAUGAUUGCUUUAGAAUGAGUAUUUAUUUAGGUCAAGGUUCAAUUUCAAAUUUUGUAACUGAUACUGAUAAACGUAGAAAAGAAUUAUUAUCACGUAUAUUUUCAUUAGGUACUUGUAUACCUGCUGCAAAAUUAUCAAAAGAAUUGAGAAAAAAGAAAAAAUCAGAAUUAGAUAAUCUUGAAAAAUUAAUUUCAAAUGAAAAAUCUUCAUUAUCAACUUGGUCGUCAAUUGAUUUUCAAAAACAAUCUUUAGAUUGGUUAAAUGAAAAAUCAACAAAUUUAUCAAUUUUAAAUCAACAAUUAGAAAAAGAUUUAAUUAAUUUUCAAAAUUUAAAUAAUACUUUAAUUAUCUAUAAUCAUGAAGAUAAUAAAGAAAAUAAUAAUUUAAAUAUUACAAAAGAUAAAAUUAAUGAAAUUCAAAAAUUAAUUAGAUCAUUAGAAAAUGAAAAGGAAAUAAUUCAACGUGAUUCAACUAGAUUAUCAAUUAAAUUUAAUGAAAAUUUAACAAAUUUAAAAUAUGGAAUUAAACAAAAUCAAUUUGAAUUUAAAAAUUUAACAGAUACAAUUAACCAUUUAAAUAAGCAUUUAAUUGAGAAUAAAUGUAGUCAAUGUGGUCAAACUUUAAUUAAUAAUAAUGAUGAAAAUGAAACUAAUAAUAUUAAAGAUAAAAUUGAAAAUUUAAAAAUUAAAUCUGAAAAAUUUCAAAAUGAAAUUAAAGAAUUUGAAAAUAAAGAAAAUCAAUUGAAAAUUGAAUUUGAAAAUGAAAAGAAAUUAAUUGAUGAAAGGAAAUUAAAGAUUCAAUUAGAGUUAAAAGAUAAACAAAUUGAAUUACAAUUUUUAAAUAAACAAAUUCAAGAUUAUUCAAAGAUUGAAAUUAAUUUAGGUUAUUUAAAAGACUCAAUUGGUAAUAGAAAAAAUCAAAUUUUACAAUUGGAACAAUCUUUAAAUCCAUUUAAUGAAAAGAUUAAAGAGAAACAACAAAAUAUUGAAAAACUAAUGAAUUCAAUUGAAUUGAAUGAAUCUUUAUUUAAAGAUGUUCAAUCUCAAUUAUUGAAUUACCAAUUCUGGGAGACAGGUUUCAGUGCUAGUGGUUUACCAUUGAUGGUAUUGUUAAAUGUAAUUGAACAAGUUGAAACCUAUGCAAAUCAAUUCCUUUCAAUAUUAUCAAAGGGUAAAUUAUUUACAAAACUCUCAAUCGAUAAUCAAGAGGAGUUAUCUUUAGAAGUAUUUGAAUUAUCUUCAAAGGAUGGUACAUUAGUACCAAGAUCAUUUUAUCAAUUAAGUGGUGGUCAAAGACGUUGUGUAGAAUUAUCUUAUAGCCCUUUUGCUCUAAGUGAAGUGGUUUUCAACCAUUCAGGUUCAAGAAUAACAACAAUUAUCAUCGAUGAACUCACAAACCAUUUAGAUUCUUCCGUUAAACCAAUCAUUUGUGAUCUUCUUAGAAAUUUACAAGAAAAAGAUUCUGUAGUUGUAAUCGAUCAUGAUAUUAGUGUCCAAAGUGAAUUUGAUCAAGUUUUUAAUUUAGAAAAAUCAUUUGAUAGUAAAAAAUUAAAAUUAAAUUUACUUCAAUAA